AUGAAGGUGUUCUGCAUUAUAGCCAUUUUGGUUGUAUCCGUCGAUGGACAUGGAAGAUUGUGGUGGCCAUCGGGACGAUCAACCUUAUUCAGAUGGGGCUACGAUAAUCCAGUGAACUAUAAUGACAACGAACUUUUCUGUGGAGGAUUCGGGCAUCAACAAAACGUGAAUGACGGAAAGUGUGGAGUGUGUGGUGAUCCCUGGGACGGACCGUGGCCAAAUGAAGCUGGUGGAACUUAUGCUAAUGGAAUCAUUGUCGCAAAUUACGAGGUGGGGAGCGUCUUCGAUGUGACUGUUGAACUGACAGCCAACCAUUGGGGUUUCUUUGAGUAUCGUCUCUGUGUCAAUAACAAUGUCACCAAAGUCAUCACGCAUGAUUGUCUCGACCAGAACCUUUUAACCAUUGCUGGGACCUCUGACACGAGGUUUUAUGUCCCCGAUGACUUAAAGAGGAAUUACACGGUGUCUGUCCAACUGCCAUCUGGGUUAUCCUGCUCUCAAUGCGUUCUUCAGUGGAGAUACAAGACGGCCAACAGUUGGGGCAUUGACCCAGAUGGCACAGAAUGUGUUGGAUGUGGACCCCAAGAAGAGUUUUAUGGUUGCUCCGAUAUAAGUGUAGGUUCGAAUGACCCAGUUGCUACGACUGGUACGACAACCACAGUUGAUACAACUCCAACUUCCUGGACCACUGCUACAACAACAACUGGAACAACAACAACAGCUGGAGCAACAACAACAGUAGCAGCUGGAACAACUACAUCUGCAACAGGAACGUGUUAUGCAACCGAAGAAUACGCAGGUCCGGGAAUGGACCAGUGGUGCAUAGACAACUGUGCUAUUGGAAACUGCCCUGCUACACAUUGUAUUUGUGAAUAAUAAGAACUGUAGAUGGCCA